CACCUCGCCGUGGAGCUUCGCCCCAAACGCUCUCCUCGCUCCACCGCUGAACCCCGCACCCUGGCCCCCGCCGCGCUACCUACCCCCUCUUUAUAACCUCUGGUCGCCGCUCAUCGCUCGUUGAUUGGCUAACGCUCCGCCGCCCCGCCCACCACGAAGAAACGCCGCUCCGAAGCUCCGCCUGCAGUCCCGUCUGCGGAGCUGCUCUCCUAUUGGUCCUCCGUUGAGGAGGCAGUCUAACCAAUGAGAGGGCGCCGUUUCGAUCCGCUGCAGGGUAUAAAAAGGCAGGGCCGGGGCGCGGCGCUUUCAGUCCCGGUGCGAGCAGGGCGCAGGAGAUGUCGGGGCGCGGGAAGCAGGGGGGCAAGGCACGGGCGAAGGCCAAGUCGCGAUCGUCCCGCGCCGGUCUCCAGUUCCCCGUGGGCCGCGUGCAUCGCCUGCUGCGCAAGGGGAACUACGCUGAGCGCGUGGGAGCCGGUGCCCCCGUUUACCUGGCUGCUGUCAUGGAAUAUUUGACAGCUGAGAUCUUGGAGCUGGCGGGCAACGCUGCUCGGGACAACAAGAAGACGCGCAUCAUCCCCCGGCACCUCCAGCUUGCUGUGCGCAAUGAUGAGGAGCUCAACAAGCUGCUGGGGGGUGUCACUAUCGCCCAGGGAGGUGUCCUGCCCAAUAUCCAGGCUGUGCUGCUGCCCAAGAAAACCGAGAGCCACAAGGCUAAGGGCAAGUGAAGCAGCAGCAAGCGGAUUUGUGAAGGAACACAGAUUUUUCUCUCUUCAAACCCAAAGGCUCUUUUAAGAGCCACCCACCACAUCAGGAAAAGA